AAAAAAAAAGUUUGUGACUGUAGUGUCUCGCUUUCAAGCUUUUUCGUUAGAGUUUCAAAUCCAAAGUGAUUUGCCAUUGCAUGCCUUGAAUCCAGAGAUGAGAUGAAUAAAUGCAUGACUGUAUUAACUGUGCUGUUCAGACGUCGCCUUGCAGCGAGACGUGGAGGGAGAUCUUCUGCUGGGAGACAUGGGUGAGGGCUUGCCCUUCAGACCGGGGAUGUUCGACGGCUGUAUAAGUAUUUCAGCGCUGCAGUGGUUGUGUAACGCAGAUAAGAAAACACACAGCCCUCCGAAGAGACUGUACCGCUUCUUCAGCACGCUGUACUCGUCACUGGCCAGAGGAGCACGUGCUGUGUUCCAGAUAUACCCUGAAAACUCAGAGCAGGUCGGUGUCCAAACUCCGCUCUCUGGUUAUUGUGCUCUCAGCAUGCUGGAUUUAGAGUGAAUAAGUACAGAUACAGACUGUCUGUCCCUCUUAGUUUAGUUUAUAUUAUAUAUCUAUUGUCUAUAGAUUAUGUGAAUCAGCUUCAGGGAAAGGGCCUUUACAGCUGCCAAAAAUAUCACUUUUGGGUUUUUUGUUAUUAAAAAUAAAUCAUUAAGCCCAGCCCAGGUGACAAAAAGUAA